CUCAGAAGCUCAGUACAAUUUGGGACAGCACAUUACCGUGGCUGCUCACCAGUUAGAGAAAUCUGUAGCUAACUUGUAAACCUUGUAUUAGUGGACAGACUAAAGAAACACCAUCUAUUCUAAAAACAGAGUGGUUGUCAUGUUGGGAGAAGCCUUCAUCAGAGUCUUCAGGUACAGGGAAGAGGAUUGUGACCCCCAUUCCACAAAGGCUCAGGAACGUCCACCACAUCCUGUCCCCAAUAUCAUUCUGACCCCAGGUUCAAUGUCAGGAAACAUGGAAGGUCGGGUGCAGUCUGAUCCUAGAGUGACAACCAGGCUCAGUGAUGCCCUCACCAUCCCAAAUAGCCACUGUGACGACUAUGGUGACCUGGAGCUCUAUCGCUCCUGGUGCUGCACCACCUUCUGCAAAGACUACCCCGACCUGCAGCUCAGAGGGGACCAUGUGGGAAACAGGAGCUCAGAGAGCCCACGGCUGGAGAAUGAGGGGUUCGAAGGACCACUUCUUCAGUCUCAGGACCUGGGAGAGCUGGAGGCCUUGGAACCCACAGGGCCUGUAGAGCCUAGGGUGCAGAUGGAGUCCCAGCCCCUGCAGGAUGAGGGUUGCCUGGUCAUGGACAGCAGCAUCAUCGCCCUGAACAGGGAGCCUCUGUCCAAUUCCAUGCUGAAUGGCUAUCUGGAGAGUAAGCUGCUGGAGGUGUACAGACAGCACAUGCAGGACAGCCUGGCCCGGGGCAGCUCUCCCCUGGUCCAGACACCUCCCCAGGGCUUGAUACCAGCCCCAGUAAUGCAGCUCAGCCUGCAUCUCUGUCAGGACCACGGCCUGGACUCCAAUACGGCCCAGAGCAUCGUCAUCCACUACCUUAGCACCUGCAACGUGGCUAGCUCCCACUUCAGCUCCCCCAACCUGCGCAUCUCCAACCCUGAGCCUAGAAGAAAACCCACCUGACUCAAACCAGCAGUAGUUUCACUGUGUCCUCCGACUGUAACAUCCUUGAGAAUGGUCUACAGUUUUAGUUUCGUUUUCUCUGUACUGAAUCUGUAUACUUAGUGGUCAGUUGUAUUGCAUUGGGUUCAAUAGGUAAAUUAAAUUGAUAGUUUGGGAUAGAGAUCCGUUCAUUUUGUUGAAUUGUUAGAAGAAAUGUCUUUAGAAAAUGCCACAAUGUCCAUAAUAUCUACUUCAUAAAUGCGACCAGUUCCUAUAAUGUAAUACUUGGGAGCCUGAGACAAUCCCAAGCUUUCAAGUUGAAGGACAAAGAGGAGACAAACUGUAAGGUGAGGGAUCACUUAGCAUCUUGGUUCUUGUUUCUGAGAAAUGAUUCCUCACAGAUAUUGCAGAUCUGAAAUUAUAGUGGCAUAACCACAGACUAUUACAAAACAGUAAAAAAUAGCUAUUUUGCUAUCUUGGUUGUCAGAAGAAGUUGGAAAAUAUUGACACCUGCUGUCAUACACUAACAUUGCAUGUUAACUGCAAGUGUCACAUAACAUUUUGACAAGAAAGCACAUUACACAA